AUGGACGCAUCUGUCAAGGGUGAAAAUAUCAAGACUUUCAUGCGCUUGCUCCAGUGCGCAGCGAAGUAUGGAGAUGACUUGAAUAUACAUGCCACCUCAAAGAUUUGGGAAAUGUCUGCGACCAAUUCGUCGAAAUCCGCAUUCUGCCUUUUCAAGCUCGACAAAAGCUUUUUCUGUAGAUGGGAUCAUACCGGAUCAAGAGGUGUGAAAUGUAGAUUAUUAGUGAAAUCUGUCCUAGUCGUAUUAGGUAAACAAGCACAAAUCAAUACAGUCAAUCGACUAGAUCUGAAAAUAAUCGAUCCUUCAAACGAUUUACAUCCGCCUCAACAUCGUAAACGAGGAGAAAGGAAUACUACUAUCUCCUCCACAGCGGGAAGUCAAAAUGGACAUAAGGAAAAUGCACAUAGGGUUCACGGAGAUGAGGAUGAUUAUUCUGAUGAUGAAGAUGCUAGAAUGGGUAUUGAAGCUAAAUUAAUUGUUAGAUUGGUAUGCAAGCAUGGUGUUACGAAAAAGCAUUCGCUUCAUCUCGGAGCAUCAGACUUUCUAAGAGCAGACGUCGACCCAAAUACUACACCGUCGGGUUUUGUGAUCGCGACUCGAACAUUGAGGGAUUGGCUGGAUAACUUCGCCAUCUCAAGCGGAUCAGCUUAUCCUGGAAAUUCCACUUCGGGUGGUACAGAUCAGUUAGGAUGGAUGUUCACCAAAAAUGAAGUGAGGAUGAAGUCAUGGGAAGGAAUGGGCGGUGGUGGUUUAUGUACCGAGAUCAAAGUAGAUACAGAGGAAUUUCAAGAUUAUGAAGUGGUAGGAGAUAGGGUUGAUCUGACUUUACCCAUGAAAGAAUUUAGAGGCACUUUGAUGCUUGCUGAACAGCUUUCCGCAACCUUGAACGUUUCAUUUUCGACUCCAGGUCAACCGCUGACUCUCACAAGCCUCGAUGAAGAGUUCGAAAACUUCUCCAUAUUUUGUGCAAUUGCUACUACGGCUUGUGAAGCAUUUACAGAUACGCGAUCAUCUCCUGUGGAUAUUAAACGGUCAGAUAGCGAUGCUCCUCAACAACAACUACCUCCUCCUCCUGCAAGGACUGACUCACAAAUGAGUACUUCCAGUAAUAGGAAGAGAAAGGGAUCCGAAGCUCCAAGUCAAUCAAGGAAGAGAUCAAGUCUCAAUUUGGCUCCAGCUCAAGAAACUAUGAUAGAUGUUUAUCUUCCUUUGCCCACCAAUGCUUCGUCGGGUCCUUCAAAGUCACAACAACAACAAGAAUUGGACAAUCGUCGACCUCGUCCUGACCACGUAUCUGCUUCGCAGGAAGACACGAGAUCGCAAGUACACACAGGACCAAUUGCCAACGCAACUCAGAAUGUGAAACAGACCUCGGAACCUCUUUUCAUCCCUGGCGGCUCGCAGCGACUGGGUUCACAAGAGAAUCAUACAUCUCCGCAGAAAAGUCAAGUCGUGCGAAUGAGUCAGCAACAGCUUCUUGAGGCCGCUGGUCUAGAUAUAGAUUUUGACGAGGCAUUGAAUGACGCUGCUCUGGAAGAUGAGAAGGAAAUGGAGGAAGAGUUCUCGCGCUCUCAGCUAUUCCAAGAAGGAUAUACGGAAGAAGUACAAGAAAGAGCGGGACAAUCUUCAAAUCGUCAAUCUCCUCACGAAAAUCCAAUUUCACCUAAUAAAAGCAAUAAUCCAUCUCCACCAAAAUCUACCGACGAAGUCACCACUUCAGGAGACAAGAGCAAAAAGUCACAUGCUAGUUGGGUAGUAGAUUCCCACAGUGAUGAGACGACCGAUCAUUCCGGAUUGAUCUGGGAUAGUACAAUCGAUAAUCCCUCCAACCAGUCGGUCAAUCGGCGUUCUCCAUCUAAAGGACAACUUUCUCCGAAGAAACGAUCAUCGUCGCCUGUCAAACAACCUUCUUUACGAAAUUCGCGUAGUCCAUCAAAGGGUCAAGCUAGUUCAUCAAAAGGUAAAACGAAAAUGAAUGAUUCAGAAGCCAAUCCUGAUGAUGACGAAUUUGAUGAAUUGGCAAAUGAAGAAGAGGAAGACGCGACCCAGCCACAAUCGCGUCCUGGAUCCAUAAAAAAGGUAAGACCCUUAUAG